AUGGCGGCCAAGACGCAUUUCUGGGUUUCGCUGUGGUUCGCACUCACGGUGCCAGUCAUCUUCUGGGACGCUAUGUACUGCCUCACGCGACCGCGUUCCAUGGUCGGUGGCGACUUGCAUUGGAUCUGGAAGCCGUACGCAUUGUAUCAGGAGGUGGACUACAUUUACGGCAUAAAAGCAUACGAGGAAGGAGAUGGGUUCCCUAAUGCCCAAUCGCUCCUGAAUAUCGUCGAGAACUUCAUGAACAUUGGCUAUCUCUACCUCGCACACGUCAAAGGCACGCCAACCGCAACGUUGCUCGGGUUCGCGAGUGCCGUCAUGACCCUGUCGAAGACGGUCUUGUAUUGGCUGCAGGAGCUUUACUGCGGUGGGUGCUCCGUGGGACACAACAGCUUGAAGGAUCUGAUCGUACUAUGGAUAAUUCCGAACGGACUUUGGCUGCUUGGCCCGAGCUUCAUUAUCUGGCGACUGGGCAAGGACAUAUCCACGGCUUUGCGUGUGGCUGAUCGGGCCAUCGCAAAGGAGGCGUCUGGGAAAAAGCAGUGA